AUGAUGCCAUUAAAAAAGCAAAGCAGUGCUGCGGAAAUAUGGUACAAUUCAUUUGCAUCUCCAAAAACGACUGAUUCUGCUCCCCCAAAUGAACCCUGGACAAACGUAUAUGCUCCUGGAGACAUAAAAGAUGUCGCUGUUCAUCAUGAAAAACUGAAAGAAGUAAAGGAAGCGUGCAGAAGUUUGAAAAUACGUAAAAGUUGUAUUGUAGUUAUUACUGGUCCUCCCGGUUCCUCAAAAUCCACCUGCCUUCAGACAGUUUGUCAAUCGCUCGGUUUUUCGUCCCCCAUUAUCUGGGAGGAAACAGAGAAUGAUUACAAUGAAACAGGGUCUACUGAAUAUGAUAAAUUUGAGGAGUUUCUUUUGAAAUCCACCCGCUAUUCAAGUACUAAUGACUCUUCAAAGUUAGAUUUUCGGCAGUCAGCAAACACUGCCAACACAAGACCACCCCAACUAGUUCUUGUCGAAAACCUACCGGUUGGAUUAACCGAAAAGCCAGCUCGCUUUCACAGUAUCCUUAGAGCCGCCCUAUCUCAUGUUCUUAUUCCUACUCUCUUAGCAUUUGUUCUUACGAAGUCCUCUUCAAAUGGCGGUUUCAGUGUGUCAAAUGUUUCCAGUUUCGAUAAUGGCAGUUUGAGUAGGCUUUUCCCUCCCCACAUCGUGCAAGAGCUUGGAAUUUAUCGAAUUGAAUUCAACCCAAUUGCUUCUACAAUCAUGACAAGAGCUAUCAAUCGUAUUUCAAAGAUUCCCCUUCCUUCUAAAGGGUUUAUUCAAUCGUUGGCUGCUACUAGUUCUGGUGAUAUUCGACUGGCGAUUAACAAUCUUCAAUUCGCCUUAAUAUCUGCAAAACAAACAGGCAAAAGUAGUCCGAUGGAAUACUGUGUUUAUGAAAGAGAUGCUGGACUGGCUCUAUUUCAUGCAUUGGGCAAGAUUCUUUACUCCAAACGUCUAAGUGAGUCAGAUAACAAAUGUCGGUCUCUUCCUUCCCAUCUGCAGGCUUAUAAACGGUCACCUCUGUCUUUCACUCCUGAGUCGGUUCUUGAUCAGAGCGGUUUAUCCGGAGACGACGCAGUCGCUUGGCUACACGAGAACUACCUACUUUUUCACACCAACUCAGACACUGAAUCCUUCAACUCCCUUGCCUUAAUCAGCACUCAAAUCUCCUGGUCAGAUGCCUAUCUUUCAGGGGGUAUGAACUGGCGUCUUGGGCUUACUCCCGCUGCUGACCGAAACUCAGGAGUCUGUAUGGCUGGUAGCCAUUAUGCCGCUAUGGCAACCGCCCGAUGCAUCGCUUUUCAUUCGCCUGGAAAUGCUUCGGGUGCUGUUGGCAAUCGCUUCCGUCCUCUCAAAGCUCCCCAGUCGAAAUCAGUUGAGAAUGGCAGAAGGGACUCUUGGGAAACACUUAGAACCUCACUCUCUGGCGCAUCUGGAGCGCGAUUUAAGGAUGUGUUGGUUGCUGGAUUGAGAACGAGCCUGCUUGAUAGAUUUCCUCUUGAAUUGAAGAUCCUAGGUACAAAAUAUCCCGGUGACAAGCAGUUAGUCUCCUCAAUAUGUCUUUUCCGGAACAGAGAAAAUGGUUACGAAAGACCUAGUAAAAGACGAGCCGAUCAUUUUGCAAACGAACCAUCCCGGUCAACACAGCGUUACUACCUCUACGACAAUGACGAGACCGAAGGAGUUUCUGCAAAUAUUGAUUUGGAGAUGAAAAUCGAUGAGGACUUCAGCGAUGAAGAUCAAAGGUGA